CUUUUUUCAAUUUUAAUUAUUCAGAGUGUUUCUCUCUCUCCCAUUUUAUAGAAAGAAUAACAAACAAACAAUUAACUCCAACUCAAAACCAAACGCAACCCGACCAACUCAAUACACAGACUCCUCUCCUGUUUCUUGUGCAUAAAAUAGAUUUUGAAGCGAGCUUGUCUUCAUUUGAAUUGGAGGGGAGCAAUUAGAACAACUACUGGAAGAGCACUGAGUAUUGUUGGACAUAGCCGGCGAUGAAGAAAGUCUUCGAUCAAACUGUCAGGGAUCUUAAGAGAGAAGUUAAUAAGAAAGUGCUUAAAGUUCCUGGAAUUGAACAGAAGGUUCUUGAUGCUACCAGCAACGAGCCAUGGGGUCCUCAUGGAACACUUCUUGCAGAUAUUGCACAGGCUACCAGGAACUAUCAUGAAUACCAGAUGAUUAUGUCAGUAAUUUGGAAGCGGAUUAAUGACACUGGAAAGAAUUGGCGGCAUGUGUACAAGGCUUUGACAGUUUUGGAAUAUCUAGUAGCCCAUGGGUCAGAGCGUGUAAUAGAUGAUAUCAGAGAACACGCAUAUCAAAUAUCAACAUUGUCCGAUUUCCAAUAUAUUGAUUCCAGUGGAAGGGAUCAAGGUAACAACGUCAGAAGGAAAUCCCAGAGCCUUGUGGCCCUAGUAAAUGAUAAGGAGAGGAUAUUAGAAGUUAGACAGAAGGCUGCUGCUAAUAGGGACAAAUUUCGCAGCCCAUCAGCAGGUGGAAUGUAUCGUCCAGGAGGAUAUGGUGACAAAUAUGAUUAUGAUCGUUAUGAAGGCCGCUCUGGAAGCAGGGAUGAUGAUAUUGGAUAUGGAAGAGAGAGGGAUUAUGGGUAUAAAGAUGAUGAUCGGUAUAGCAGAAAUGGAGACUCCUAUGGUCGUGAUGGCGAUCGUUAUGGCAGAGAUUAUGAAGAUCGCUAUGGCGGAGAUGGGUACAGGGAUGAUGAUUACCGCGGAAGGAGUAGAAGCGUUGACCGUUACCAAGAUGGCUCAAGCAGGAGCUCUGAUAGAAACCAGGAUGAUGAUGGUCAAUCAGCAAGUCGGCAACUUGAGCGGAAAUUUUCUGAACAAAAUAUUGGUGGUCCUCCUAGUUAUGAAGAAGCAUUAAGUGAAUCUCGAAGUCCUGCUCGCAGCGAUAGGGAUGGAGAAAAUUCAGCAGCACCUGUUCCUAAAACUUCUUCUCCACCUGCUCCUGCAACUUCUUCUCCACCUUCUGCUUCCGGAGCAUUUCCUCCACCUGUUCAUCCAGCAGCUUCUUCUCCAACCGCUGCUCCUUCAACUUCUCCACCUGCAAGCCAUAGUCCAAUCCAAGGAACUAACUCAUUCAACAAUUCUACAUCUGGGAACGAUGAAGUUUUGGCUUUUGAUGAAUUCGAUCCACGUAAUUCAUUUUCAGCUGCCCCUACUGUUUCAAGCACUCCUGCCCCUACUACCUCCAAUGGUGCUGAAAUGGAUCUGCUUGGCUCUCUGUCAGACUCGUUUUCUUCAAAUGCAUUGGCCAUUAUGCCAGCCAUGCCUGCAACUGCCAGUACUGAAGCUGAUGCACACGCUAAUACUGGUUCAGUACCCACAUUCGCUGCAACGCAAUCACCAUCUAACAUGAUGAAUCAGUCAUUUGAUGAUCCAUUUGGGGACUCGCCUUUUAGAGCUAUCCCUUCUACAGAUUCUGCCACAGUUCAGCAACCAAUUUCAGCAUCAACAGCUUCUUUCCAACCAAGUCAAAAUGCCGAAAUGCCCCAGCCAGCUGCCCCCAACAUGGAAUCAGUACCCAACUUUGGGGACUCAUUAUACGGCGUUACAUACUCAUCAAGUGACUCCAAUAGUCAACCUCCCUCAGCAAACUCACAGUUUUUGCCUCAAGAACUAUUGAUGUCACAGCUGGAGACUGAUAUUCUGGCAGACAUCCUUCCUCCAUCAGGACCUUCACCAUCUGUAGCAUCACAGGUUGCCUUUUCAGCUCCGGCGGGCCAGCCUGCACCAACCCCUGAUAUUUAUGGGAGUCAGCCUGCACAACUUACUGCUAAUAUGUAUGGAAAACAGCCUGCACAACGUACUGCUAAUAUGUAUGGAAACCAGCCUGCACAACGUACUGCUAAUAUGUAUGGAAACCAGCCUGCACAGCCAACUGCUAAUAUGUAUGGGAACCAACCUACACAGCCAACUGCUGAUAUGUAUGUGAACCAGACUGCACAGCCAACCACUAAUAUGUAUGGGAGCUUUCAUCACCAGCCAGGAUCGACCAGUCAAGUAGCCCCAAACAUAGCCCCUCAAUCCCCAUCUGGUUCAGUUGCACAGCUUAGCAGUGGGACCUUUGCACUGCAGGGCACUUCUACUGCCCCUGUUGCUUCAUACAUGGCUCCUCAAACUCCAGCUGGACCAGCUGCACAGUUUAACAGUGGAAACUUUCUACCACAUCAGAGUUCUGCAGUUCCUUCUACUCCACAAAUUCCUCAACAAACUCCACCUAAUCCACUUGCACAGCAGAACAGUAAUUUACAGAAUAACCUUCUUUCUCAAGCAGGACAAAGCCCUACGAUAGCUUCACAACCAUCUCUUUCAUCUUCAACAGGGGCGCUCACUUUAGUACCACAAUCUCAAUCAUCCAAGGAAAAGUUUGAGCUGAAGUCAGCAGUUUGGGCCGACACUCUUAGCAGAGGGCUAGUUAAUUUGAAUAUUUCUGGACCUAAGACAAAUCCUACGGCAGACAUUGGAAUUGAUUUUGAUGCCAUCAAUCGGAAAGAAAAGAGGAUGGAAAAGAAACCUCCACAAACUCAGGUAACAUCUACUGUUACCAUGGGUAAAGCUAUGGGAUCUGGUUCUGGGUUAGGCCGUGCUGGAGCUAGUGCUGUACGGCCUUCAAAUCCUAUGAUGGGUUCUGGCAUGGGAAUGGGCAUGGGCAGUGGCCCUGGUAUGGGUAUGGGCAUGGGUGGUGGUCAGAGUAUGGGAAUGGGCAUGGGCAUGGGUGGUGGCCGGGGUAUUGGCGUGGGUAUGGGCAUGGGCGGUGGUCAGGGUAUGAGUAUGGGCAUGGGCAUUGGUGGUGGUUCAGGAAUGGGCAUGGGAAGCUAUGGAGGCAUGAACCAACCAAUGGGAAUGGGUAUGGGGAUGGGAAUGAAUAACGGCAUGAAUAUGGGUGUUGGGAUGAAUAUGGGAAUUGGGCAAGGAGUUCAGAUGCAACCGCAAACUGGGAUGCCUCCUGGCACAACUAUGCCCGGUGGUUAUAGGCCCAUGACAGGUACAGGUGGUUAUACUCAACAACCAUACGGUGGUAGCUACCGAUGAGACAAAGCAACCUACCUAUACAGAAGUGGGGAGGCUAGUAGAUACAUGUUACAUUUUGAGGUAAAAAUGUUUGGCAUAGCAAAUCUAGUUUUGUCAUCAUUCAUUUGAUUAUGAUAAACUUCUAGUUACAUAUAUAUGGUUUUGAGAGCUGUAAUUUCUUUAUCAACGGUUGUAAUUUUUUGAGGUGUGGCCCGAUGUUGUUUUUGUCGUUUAUCUCGUUACACCUCAGUCCUUUCGGGCCACGGUAGGUGUUUCGCUAAAUUUGCUCUCUUCAGCUGUUGUGAAGUUCUGUACCAGUGAGGAAAACCUUUUGUAUUAGGUUGUCUCUUUUCUUUCCUUACAUUCUUUGUGAUUUUGAAAAAAAAAAUCUACGGUAUGUGUUCACUAUUACACUGAACAAUAAAUUUCAUAAUUCAUUUUUGUACUUUGAUU